UUCACGGAGGAACGGAGCGUCCGGGAGUCCCAGCCGGCGGCAUCUCCUAUUUUCCACCCCUCGGCCUUCCCUCCCUCCUCUCACCACUCCCCUUGCCUUAGGCGUCAACCCGCAAGCCGCGCCUAGAGCGUCGCCGGAAGCGGAAGCGCCGCGCGUCCGUUAUUUUCUCCUUCCCCUCCGUUGGAAAAGCGGGGAUGUAAAGAGGUGGCGGCGCGUGUCCAGGCUGCCAGCGGCCGGGCGGCGGCGGCGAGAUGGGCGACGACAUGGACGUCAUCCCCGAGCGGGAGAUGAAGGAUUUUCAAUUCCGGGCCCUGAAGAAAAUCCGGAUCUUUGAAGCCCCCGAGGAUCUGCCCAAGGAGCGUGGCAACCUGCUGGUUGUGUCCAACAAAUAUGGGCUGACGUUCACCGGUUGUGCAGCUGGACUGCAGGUCUUUCACACGAAAAGCCUGCUUAUGCAGAUUCAGGCUGGGGAUUCUCCUAAUAAAAUAGUGGAGAAUAUCCACGGCCUUUUUGUUCCUACAAAGUUUUGGGUGCAUCACUUGGCACUCAGCUGUGAUAACCUCACGCUGUCAGUCUGCAUGGCCUCCAGCGAAGUUGGCUCUUUCGUUGGCUUUUUCGACGUCCGUACCUUUGUGAAUCAGGCUAAACAGCAAAAACGGCCAUUUGCUUAUCAAAAGAUGCCAGGCGCGCUGGUCAACGACCUCAAGUGGAAUCCAGUAAAUGCUUCCAUGUUAGCUGUCUGUCUGUCAGAUGGGAGUGUCUCCGUCCUGCAAGUGACGGAGACCGUAAAGGUGUACGCCACACUUCCUGCUUCAGUGGCUGUUACAUCCGUGUGUUGGAGUCCUAAAGGGAAACAGCUGGCAGUAGGCAAGCAGAAUGGCACAGUGGUCCAGUAUCUGCCAAACCUGCAGGAAAAGAAAACAAUUCCUUGCCCUCCGUUCUAUGUGGCAGAUAAUCCUGUCAAGGUCCUGGAUGUGUUGUGGAUCGGCACUUAUGUCUUCACCAUCAUUUACGCCGCUGCCGACGGGAGCUUAGAAACCGCCCCUGAAGUGGUUAUGGCUCUACUGCCAAAAAAAGAAGAGAAGAGACCUGAAAUAUUUGUAAACUUUAUGGAGCCUUGUUACGGGAGUUGCGCUGAAAGAUUACAUCACUACUUCCUUAACUAUGUUGAAGACUGGGAUCUGGUUUUAUUAGCUUCUGCCGCUUCCACAGAAGUCAGCAUCCUUGCAAGACAAGGGGAUCAGACCAACUGGGAACUAUGGGUGUUGGAAGACUCCAGCCGCGCAGAGCUUCCCGUGACGGAGAAAAGCGAUGACUCCUUACCAGUCGGGGUAGCCAUUGACUAUAGCAACAACAUGCCCAUCACUAUCAGCGAAGAUAAAACCUUGGAUCCGGCUCCGGUGCUGAUGUUGUUAUCCACAGACGGGGUAUUAUGCCCCUUUUACAUGGUCAAUCAAAACCCGGGCGCCCAAUCUCUUCUAGUGAGUCCAGAAUCUCUCUCUACAGAAGGGGAGAGAGCAACAAAAACAGCAGGCACCACCGCUCCUUCAGCUGCUGCUAAGAGCGACGUUCCCCCAGGCCCUCCAGCCCCGGGCCCAUUCUUAGCCCCAAGCAGUGGGGCCACCCCCUUCUCUUUUACACCCCCUCCUCUCAAAGCCCCGGGGCCAGCUUCGGACUCUUCCCUGCCUUAUCCGCUCCCAUCCGAGGCAUCGACAAUGGCUCCUGGGUCAAGCACAAGCAAGAUGGCAGAAUUCUCUUCUCCCACCACCCCAAAAGCACCACAGCCCCCCAUCUCCUCGUCUGGCAUCCUCCCGGUCUCCACUCCACCUUUCGCCUUCGGGUCAAUGAGCUUCAAGAACCGCUUCGACGGGCCGGUUCCUUCCAUCACGACAAAGCCCAGCUUUGCUCCAGCGGGGUCCUCCGUCAAGGUCAACCUCAACGAAAAGUUCGCUGCUGCCGAGACUGCUGCUCCUCCUGCCAGCACCAGCCAAGGCUCUUCGGCCUUCCUCUUUCCCCCUGCUGCAAAAUCGACGCCCGUGGGAGCCCUAGGCCUGGCCACGCCUCCUUCUGCCCCGAUAAAGGCUUCCACCCCUGUGACUUCCGCAAUGGUGCGUCCACCUCAAAGCGUUCCUGCAGCCAGCGGCCUUCAGAAGACUGCCAAGAUAUCCCCAGCUGUGACAAAAUCAAGCCCUGCACAGAGUCGGCAGCAUCCAGCCGGUGUGGGCACAGAGAAGCAGCCCUGUCAGUGGAAAGAGAUGGAUCCUGUCAUCAUUGGAAUAAGAGAAGAGAUCGCCCAUGUCCAGAAAGAGAUGGAGGAACUCAAGGCUCGAACGGCGAAGGCCUCGUUUCAGGUGGGCAGCGAAGAGGAGAAGAAGAUGCUACGUGUGGAAGCCAACGAGCUGCACACUUUCCUGCUGGAAAUCAAAGAGACCACAGAGUCCCUUCAUGGAGACAUCAGCCUUCUGAAGACCAAUUUGCUGGAAGGCUUUGCAGGGGUGGAGGAAGCCCGGGAGAAGGACGAGCGAGCUCACAACUCCGAGUACCUGCACCUGCUGUACAAGAAGCCUUUGGACCCCAAGAGCGAAGCCCAGCUUCAGGAAAUUCGUCGCUUGCAUCAAUACGUGAAGUUUGCUGUCCAAGAUGUGAACGACGUUCUGGAUUUAGAGUGGGAUCGGCACCUGGAACAGCAAAAGAAGCAGAAGCGUUUAGCUGUCCCCGAACGAGAGACACUCUUCAACGCCCUCACUAACAACCGGGAGAUCAUCAACCAGCAGAGGAAGAGGCUGAAGAAGCUGGUAGACGGCUUGUACGAACUCCGUCUUUACAACCAAGUGACGCAGUGGAGCCUGCCCGCUCCCCUUUCUUCUCACAGCGGCAUCCAGAGCCUGGAGAGCGAGCUGGAGCAUCUGAGCAACGCCUUGACGAAAGCCACCCUGGAAUCUUGCACCAAAACCUCGUCCCCCUCAGCUGCUAAGCUGUCCCUCGUGAAGCAGACUCGGCUAAGGAAUUUCCUGUCCAAAAGACAGAUGCCCCCCGUCCACUCCAUGGCACCAGCAACUCUGACCCAGUCUGCUUUCCUGUCUCUGAGAUACGACGAAGACCUGGAUGAGAUUAGUUCUGCCUCUUCGGUUGCCCACUCCUUGGACAACGAGGACCCCGAAGCAGUGGAUCAGGAGGAAGUGGAGGUGGUCCCGGUCCCAGCGCCUCGUCACGCCCCGGUCGUCCGGACGCCUUCGGUCCAGCCUCCCCUGUUGCCGCAGCCCCCGCCUCUUGGCAAACCCCACAUCACAAUGGGCACCCUGAUGUCUACCCCUAAACCCGUCCUCCCUGGGGCAGAGAACACCGUGUUGGCAACGAAGACCGUGAAACACAGAGCCCCCGUCCCUUCCAUCACUCUCCCAGCCCCCCAAGCUGCUGCCGAAGCUGCCUUGAGGAGACAGAUGGCAAACCAGAAUCCAGUGGGGAACACUUCCCUGACCGAAUCGACUCUGAAGAAUGUCCCUCAGGUGGUCAAUGUCCAAGAGCUGAAAAGCAGUGGGUCUCCACCAACAAUUUCUGCAGCCAUGGGCUCGUCAGUUCCUCCACCUGCUGCUCCAGGUGUCCAUCAGGUUUUGGCAACCGUGGCAGCCAAUCAAGUCCACCAGGGACCCCCGUCAAGCACCCUGAAGGCGUUGACACCACCCAGCUCAGCAGGGGCGACCGUAGCCUCCACCAGCCAGACCCCAGUUGGGAAAAAGAAUUCAGGCUCCACAAAGACUGUUGCGGCUGUCACCACACCGGCAGUGAUGUCCAUCUCGGCCGCAGCUUCCCAAUUCAGCAAAGACUUCACGUUCGCCCCAUCGGGGCCUGGGUUUAACUUUGCUGCGGUCCCUGUUUCGGCUGCGACGUCGGCCUCUUCUGUUUUGGCAGCUGCAGCCCCCCCAGCAAAAGAGCUGAACCAGCCUGAAGCCUUUUCCCUUGGAGGAGGAAUAAAAUUUGCCCCCGCACCGGAGGCCUCGUUUUCUUUUGGGGGGCCCAAACCCCCCACCCUUUCAGGGGCCUGUGCCCCUGGGAGCACCAGCUCUGGGGAUCCAGGCCAGAGCAACGGACAAGCGGCGGAGACUUCCCUUCCCUUUGCAAACAGCCCCAAACUGGAGGGGCCCCCCCUCAAGCAGGGCGACCUGUCCAUCCAGGCCUCCACGGCCGGAGAGACUCUGGGCAGCUUCUCCGGACUGAGAGUUGGCCAAGCCGAGGAGAACCCCAAGGCCGCUCCGGCCAAGGGACCCUCCCCCAGCGCCCCAGGGACGCAGCCGCCUGGACUUCCGGUUGGAAGCACCCUGUCGGCGAGCAAGCCUGCAGAGCCCAGCCCCUUGACCACAGCGGCCAGUUCGACGACCGGUGGCAUCUUUGGCAACGUCCACGGGGUCCAUCCUGGCCCUCCCAGCCUCUUCGGUCUCGCAGCACCGGCGGGCGGUGGGAAGACUCCGUUUGCCUUUGGGGCUCCUCAGGCCAACGCCCCCCAAGCGUCGUCUUCCUCGUCUCUGGCCCUCCCGCCGUCCACCACAGCUCUCUCCUUUGGGAGUCUGCUGAGCUCUGCGGCCACGCCGAGUAAAGGAGAGGAAGAGGUCAAAACGAGCCCUCCCGAGAAGCCGCCUCUGGCCGAGGGGGCCGCCUUGCCCACAGCACAGGAUGACCCCCAGCCGUCUGUCCCGGCCCCUGAGCAGCGUCCAGCAGAAGCGGCCCCUUUAGCAGCUGCAGACAGCAAAGGAGGGCAGCCGACUGCUCCUUCGGAAGCCGCACCUGGCAAAGAGGUGACUCCCACUUCGGCGCCUAGCGAGCCCAAGACCGAGGGGCUUCUUCCUCCAGAGGGCCCUGCAGAGGAGCAGCCCCCGGCCUCCUCGCCUCCAGUGGCCGUCACUUCCCAAGUCACGGAACCCACGGCCCCCUCUGCAAACACAGCGGCGUGCAUGCAAGCGCCGGCCAGCAGCCCCUCUGCCUUUACACCAGCAGUCUCCACUUCUUCUGGCUUCGCACAGCCCUCUGGACUCCCUCCUCCCCCUCCUCCUCCUCCUCCUCCUUCCUCCUCCUCCUCCUCCUCCGUCUCGGCCUUCAGCCAGCCCACCACUGCGGGCUUGACCAACCCUUCUGCUCCACCCGUCUUUGGUCAGGUCUCUGCGGAAGCCCUCCCGGUCUCCUCUCCCUUCGGCCAACCUCCGGCCACCUGUCCGUCUUCCUCAGCCGUCGCUACUGGGUUCAGUACCUCGGUCUUUGGGACCGCAGCCACCCCGGGCUUUGGCCAGUUGGCGUUCGGACAAGCCCCUGUUUUUGGCCAGUCCGGCAACACAUCGAGCGGCUUUGCAUUCAACCAGACGGGCUUUGGAGCUCCUCUGACUUUUGGACAGGCGGCGGCUUCCGCCACCCCGGCGUCCAGCAGCGGGAACGUCUUUGGGGCAGCGUCCAGCACCAGCACGGCCAGCUCCUUCUCCUUUGGACAGCCUUUAACCACUUCUGGACUUUACGAUCCAAGCAGCGCCCCUGUGUUCGGACAGAGUUCCGGCUUUGGACAGAGCGGGGCCAUCUUUGCGAGUCCAGCGUCCAUGACCACCACCACCCCGACCUCUUCGGCUGGGUUCAGCUUUUGUCAAGCUUCCGCAUUUGGUUCCAGCAGCCCAAGUACCGUAUUUGGCCAAGCCACCAACACCAGCGGGACCCUCUUCGGCCAGCCAUCCUCUUCCGGCGGGGGUCCGUUUGGAUCCGGCAGUGGUGGGAGAACGGGGGGCUUUUUCAGCGGCCUGGGAGGGAAACCGAGUCACGAGGCGGCCAACAAGAAUCCCUUCAGUUUCACCAGCAGCAGUUUUGGCUCACCAGCCAAUCAAAAUACAUCGACUCUUUUUGGAAACAGCGGCGCCAAAAGUUUUGGAUUUGGCUCUGCUUCCUUUGGCGAGCAAAAGCAGAUGGGCACCUUCAGCUCCAGUGGGGGAAGCGUCGCCUCCCAGGGCUUUGGGUUCUCCAGCCCCACCAAAACAGGUGGCUUCGGAGCUGCUCCAGUGUUCGGCAGCCCUCCCACUUUUGGGGGUUCCCCUGGGUUCGGAGGGGUGCCGGCAUUCGGUUCAGCCCCAGCCUUUUCAAGUCCUCUGGGCUCGGCGGGAGGCAAAGUGUUCGGUGAAGGGACCGCGGCGGCCAACACGGGCGGAUUCGGCUUCGGCAGCACGGCCAGCACCGUCUCCUUCGGCACAUUGGCGGGUCAGAACACCCCCACCUUCGGCUCCCUCUCUCAGCAGCCUACGGGUUUUGGCACACAGGGCAGCGGCUUCACUGGCUUUGGGUCCAGCGGAGGAGGAUUUGUCUUCGGGUCAUCGAAUGCAUCCCCCUCGGGAUUCAGCGGCUGGAGAAGCUGAACAGACAACGGCUCUUUCGCUGUUCUGGGACUCUUCUUUUUUUAAAUGUCGCUUCCGCCAACUUUUUAUACCAAACCACAAAAGGGGGGGGGGAGAAAGCCUCAUGAAAUUGCCUAUUUUUUUUUUCCUGUUGUUGUUGU